GUUGAGUUUGGAGUCCAGGGCUCCUGAGCCGCUUGGAGCGCGUUGCCUGAGUUGCAAACGGGCAAAGCAGGGAGAGGGAUCGGAGCGCGGGAAGGAGCGCUGCUCAGGGGGCCGGGUGGGAGGUCGAGGCGGGCGAGCGCAGGCGAACGGACGCGCGCAGCAAAGGCAGCGCGCUGGGCGCACAGAUCCCAAGUCCAAGGCUGCUCGCUGGGAUUUCCAGCAGCGUCUCGGACGGAGGUCACUGCAUGGACAGCAUGAGUUUCUCCGGAGGUUCCGACGCGGGGGCCGAUGGCAACCGUAGCCGCUGGUGGCCCGUGGCUGCCGAAGGUGCUAAUGCUAGCCAAGAAACGGAAGGGCACGGGGGAGGCGGCGGGCCGCCGGAGGACGUGCGCAACGAGGAGCUGGCCAAGUUGGAGAUCGCGGUGCUGGCGGUGACUUUCGUGGUGGCCGUGCUGGGCAAUAGCAGUGUGUUGCUGGCCCUGCACCGCACCCAGCGCAAGACGUCCCGCAUGCACCUCUUCAUACGACACCUCAGCUUGGCGGACCUGGCGGUCGCUUUCUUCCAGGUGUUACCGCAGCUGUGCUGGGACAUCACCUACCGCUUCCGCGGCCCGGACUGGCUGUGCCGCGUGGUGAAGCACCUGCAGGUGUUCGCCAUGUUCGCGUCGGCCUACAUGCUGGUGGUCAUGACCGCCGACCGCUACAUCGCCGUGUGCCACCCGCUCAAGACGCUGCAGCAGCCCGCGCGCCGCUCGCGCCUCAUGAUUGCCGCCUCCUGGGUGCUGAGUUUCGUGCUCAGCACGCCCCAGUACUUCAUCUUCUCCAUGAUCGAGGUGAACAAUGUCACCAAGGCCCAGGACUGCUGGGCCACCUUCAUCCAGCCCUGGGGAACCCGCGCCUACGUGACCUGGAUGACCAGCGGCAUCUUCGUGGCCCCCGUGGCCAUCCUGGGGACUUGCUACGGCUUCAUCUGCUACCACAUCUGGCGCAACGUCCGAGGCAAGACCGCCUCGCGCCAGAACAAGGGUGCCCGGGAAGCGGGGAGCGCCUUCCACAAGGGACUCCUGGUGGCCCCGUGUGUCAGCAGCGUGAAGACCAUUUCCCGCGCCAAGAUCCGCACGGUGAAGAUGACUUUUGUGAUCGUGACCGCUUACAUCCUCUGCUGGGCGCCUUUCUUCAUCAUCCAGAUGUGGUCGGUCUGGGAUGAGAAGUUCAUCUGGACCGAUUCAGAAAACCCUUCCAUCACCAUUACAGCUUUACUGGCUUCCUUGAAUAGUUGCUGCAAUCCCUGGAUAUACAUGUUUUUCAGUGGCCACCUUCUGCAAGACUGUGUGCAAAGUUUCCCGUGCUGCCAAAACAUGAAGCAACAAUUCCACAAAGAAGAUACCGACAGUAUGAGCAGAAGACAGACUUCUUAUUCCAACAACCGAAGUCCAACAAACAGUACUGGCACAUGGAAGGAUUCACCCAAAUCUUCCAAGUCCAUCAAAUUCAUUCCUGUAUCAACCUGAGGCCUAACUCAUGCAGCCUGACUCUUGUUACUGACAUUUUGAUCCAUUAGCUGAGUCCAGCUAGAAAUCAUAAGAACAAACAAACUUACAUCAGACACGCAGAAAUCAACUCAUCGGGUACAAGACUUUGUUUCUAGUUGUGUUUUCCACAUCACUAUGACCAAAAACUAUGAAUUAUUUUAUAUAGAAUGUAAAUACAAAAACACGCCACACUGAAAUGUGCAGGCCUGAGUUCCAGAAAUACAACCAGAGUUCUGUGGAAUUCAUAACUACCCUGACUUCAUAUUUUGUGGUUGGUUCAUUUAAUAUUUUGACUUAGGUCAUAAGUAAGGCUUGUUUGGUUGAAGUGUCAUAGAUGCACUAUUUCUGAACAAAGUGAGCUCAUGCUUUAGGAGAGACUUCAGAGAAAUCAUGUUUCCAUCAGAUAAAAUCCAUUUAUUCUUUAUCAAAUGCAACUCCAAAUGGUAAUUAGCUGCUGGGUUCCUUGCUAGAGAUUUGAGAGGCAUAUCGGUCAGGAGGGUGAUGACUUCAGAGUGAAAAUUACCAAGUUCUGUUACACUUUAUAUGUCACCCUGAAUGUAAAAUUAUAACUUGAUAACUGGCAGUGCCCUCUUUAGGUUCUUCAGGUUUUACUGGCCGCAAAAAUAUAAGUACUAAGUUGCUGAAUGUUAGAGAAAAAUGUCACUGUCCAAGACAGUGACAAUUUUUCUUCCCACUUGCAAUUGUUCUAAAAUCAGAUUUAUACAAGGAAUGUCAGCUUUUCUAUAACAUGAUUGCCUAAGGUCAUCUGUUGACUUUCUCUUGGACAUUGUAAACAUAUUUGACUGGUGUAACAAGGUGUCCUGUGCUAUAUUAUAUUCAUAUUUGGUGAAUCUGGAUCCAACAAUUAGAAAGUGAGUCAGAUAGAAAUACCCCCACCAUGUCAGUGUAGAGAAGAUGCAGGUGUGAAGUUAGGAAAAAGCGAAUGAGAAAAGAACUGCUCCACAUCUUCUCACAAUUCCUUCAUUAUUAACUGUAUGGCUUUAGAUAUGUUUCUUAAAAAUACAAAGUCCAUUUCAUUGGCUCUACCAUGGAGUUGGUACCCUCACCUCACAGGGGUGUUAUGAGGACUAAAGAAAUUUCUAUGUAUGAAGAGAACUUUAUAAACACAUGCUAUACAUAUGUCAGUGAUUGCUUUUAUUGUACUCUCAAGACCUUCAGAAUUGUACAGAUUUUAUUUUCCACUCACUUGUUUUUCAUUAACUAGAAUUGUUUGUCUCAUGUCUGGGAUAUAAAAUCCUAAAAUUUAAAUAUAGAUCUGCUGAUUCAUUGCACAGCAUUGCCAGCAACCACUGAGAUCGACUUCUCUUGAACGACUGAAAUUUUCCAACAUAAUGGUAGAACUGCUUUCUUUUCAAUGUAGGUAAACCAAAGCCAGCCAAGAGCAUCCAUGUCUGUCCAUUUCCAAAUAGAGAGAAAUUACAACACUGUUUGGCUCUUGCUGUUGCAUUUUUUUUUCAUUCACAGGAUAAAUUGUUUGGUUUUUUUCCCUAGCUAUUUUGUCUGGCAAGUUCUUGGAGAUGCAAUGGUUUAAGAAUGCACCAUAAAAUAUUUUUCAUCUUUUAGAGGAAAUGUUGUAUUUUAAUGAUAUUCUUGGGUUACGUUCUUCAUUUAGAGAUAAAAGACUGUGGGCUGAG